AUGUCGCAGAAGCGAAAAAAAGUCGUCGUGAGUGUAGAGAAAAAGUUGGAAGCAAUUAGAAGAUUGGAUAGAGGAGAAAUCAUUCGCAAUGUCGCGGCUGAUUAUGGUGUUGGAGAGACCACCGUUGGCGAUUGGCGUCGAAAUCGAUCUAAUUUAGAGCAAUUUGCAAUAAAAUCGGACGGUGCGAUGACUAGUCGUAAAACGAUGAAACCGGCAGAGUAUGAUAAAGUUGAUAAAGCUUUAUUUCUAUGGUUCACUCAAAUGAGAGAAAAGGGACUGCCAGUAUCAGGCUCCAUUUUACAGGCAAAGGCCAUGAUGCUUGCAAAGCAGUUUCCCGAUGAAAGCGAAACUUUUACGGCAAGUUGCGGAUGGCUCGACAGAUGGAAGAAAAGACACGCUAUUCAGGAAGAAGGAUACUUGCGGGAUCAAAUUUAUAACUGCGACGAGACUGGUCUGAAUUUUCGAAUGAUGCCUUCUAAAACAUUGGCCUCGCGAGAAGAAGCGGUUGCUCCGGGGUACAAAAAGAACAAAGAAAGGGUCAGCAUUUUAGCAUGCAGUAACGCGUCCGGUACACACAAACUUCCGUUGAUGUGUAUCGGGAAAUCGGCUAAACCGAGAGCAAUUAAACACAUCAAACCGGAAGCCUUGCCAGUUUACUACGCGCAUCAAAAGAGUGCUUGGAUGAGUCGCGAUCUUUUCCAAAAAUGGUUUUUCGAACAAUUCGUCCCUUCGGUUGAGAGAUUUUUGAACAAAAAUGGUCUUCCAAGAAAAGCUAUUUUGUUACUCGACAACGCUCCAUCACACCCGAACGAGUCGGUUCUCAGAAGUGACAAUAUAAUUGUAAAAUUUUUUCCACCGAAUGUGACCUCUAUUGGACAACCAAUGGAUCAAGGCGUACUCGAGACUUUCAAACGUCAUUAUCGACGUUUUUUGUUGCAAGAAAUUCUGGAAAAAAGCGCCGCGGGUAGUACUCUUAAAGAAUGUUUGUUAGCAAUAAAUAUGAAAAGUGUUAUUUACUGGUCAGCUCAAGCUUGGGAUGCUGUCCAAAGGCUUACGCUUGAAAGAUCAUGGGCAAAAAUUUUGUGUUCUAACAAUCAAAGCGAUGAAAUAGCAGACGAUGUAGAUCUACAUAGCAUCAUAGAGCAGAUUCCUGGUUGUGAAAACGUCGAAAGAAACGAUACUGAGGAAUGGGUUCAUGGUGACGAUUGUGAAGAAGAACUUACAGACGACGAAAUUGGCCAACUCGUAAAUUCUGGAGAAGAGAUCGCGGAUGAUAUAGAAGACGGCGAGGCGGAAGAAAGUCCGGUAAUCAGCCACGAAGAAGGAUUAAAUGCGCUUGAACUAGCUCUCAAAUAUAUCGAGGAACAGCCGGAAAGUACUGCAAGUGAUCUCUUAUUGAUGAAACAAUGGCGAGAUAUUGCAGCUAAAAAACAAAUGAGCAGGUUGAAGCAGUGCUCUAUCACUGACUUUCUUAAACCACGUUUGUAA